CACAUGUGUGAUUCAAGACACCACCAUUGACGCAGGACCCUUCCCGAUGUCUCCUUCAUAAAGGUUUUGCUCCUACAUACUCUUCCAAGAUUGUCUCGCCCGUACCAUGAGCAAUAAGAUCAGCAUGAAAGUUCAAUUUGGUACUUGGAGGUACCUAGCUUCAUUGCGUCGUGGUUAUCGGGCUGCGUUUGCUGGUUGGCAAUUCUCUCUUUCACUUUGUGUCAAAGAUUUUCCAGGUGUUUCCAUCCUUGUCCUUCCGACUCUCAACAGCGCCUUGUAUAUGAUCUGUAUGCGUGGUCUUUCCUACCAUGCAAAAGAGCUGGCUCGAUUAUUCAACGGAACCUGCUGGGUUGGUCGGUGUUGUGCGCACUUCUAGCUCGAGUUUGUUCAUCCAGUGUGAGAACACAGCCUUUGUUUCCUGGUGGC